AUGGCAGAAGCGGCAGUGGAAGACCGGCCUCACCAGAAGUUCUAUUGUCACAUGUGCAACGUUCAAUUCGAGAACGCCUCGGCUAAUUUCACUUGCCCACAUUGCUCGGAUGGGUUCAUCGAGGAGCUACAGGAGAUCCCGGAGAGCAGGGAGACGGGAGGGGACAUCGACGAGGACGACGAUAGCAGUGAUAUGGACUUUAACGAACUCCUAUUGACCCCCGCUAUGGAAGACUUCAGAACAGGACGUAACCGAACAGAUGGUCACCGUAGCGGCAGAAGGUAUGCAGUAAAUCGCGCCAGGAUAGUUCGGCCCAGGACGCUAACAAGACUAGCUUCUUCAAAUUUGAGGCAGAACGUGCCAUUCGAGAAUCUUAUACAGGAUUUUAUUGUAAAUUUAGGAGUGGGCUUGAAUUGGGGCGCAGCGGGAAACAUGCAGCUGUUUUUGGGGAACCCGGGGGACUACGCGUGGGGGCGCGAAGGCCUCGACGCCAUCGUCACGCAGUUGUUGAAUCAAAUGGACAGUACAGGACCGCCUCCUGUGUCAAAAGAAGUAAUAGACGCUCUACCAAUCAUAAACGUGAAAGCGGAUCAGGUGGACGCCAAGUUACAAUGUUCCGUGUGUUGGGAAGACUUCAUGUUGGGCGAGAACGUCCGACAGUUACCAUGUACCCACAUCUACCAUGAACCAUGCAUACGGCCAUGGCUAGAGCUGCAUGGUACAUGUCCCAUAUGUAGGCAGAAUUUAAUAACUGACGAACAAAGUAGUGACUGUAAUCAAGAUUCGUCAAGUGGGGGACAAGAUAGCGUCAACAUAUUGCAAAACAUCUUACUACCCGCCCACAACGCGUCAAGUAGUUCGAGUUCUUUAGAAAAUUCCAGACCUACUCAUUCUAGAUCUAAUUCUAAUAAUACAGAUUCUAUGAUGUAAUCCAUAGCAGUUACUCUAUUAGAAAUAUAACGCUUGCUACAA